GAAGCCUCGUCCUGUCUCCCAGCUGGUUGCUCAGCGGGUAGCGCCGCAGUUCGCCUCGCCCACGCUGCUGCCCAAGAAGGACAAGAAGGACAGAACGGACCAGGAGAAGAAUGACAAAGAGCCCACAGUGAAGAAGAACAACCACAAGAAGAUGAGGCCCAGGUUAAAAAACAUUGACAGGAGCAGCGCUCAGCACCUAGAGGUCACGGUUGGAGACCUGACUGUCAUCAUCACAGACUUUAAGGAGAAAACCAAACCUCCCCCCUCCUCCACCACCACCACCACACCCCCCACCUCUACCACCCCCUCCAGCACUGUGUCUGUGUCUGCAGAACACCACAGUGGCUCCAGCUCAGACAACAACACGGAGAGAGGGGUCUCACGGUCAUCUUCACCCAGGGGAGAGGGCUUCUUAGUCGGGACAGAGUCACACUAGACCACCCCAAUUGGAACCCCCCCCCCGAAGUUGGAGGCCCUGGACCACCAAACUCCUAUCCCAACAGACCCUCAGACCUCCAACCCCUAGACCUUGUCCUGGAUCCCCAACCGCUAGACCUUGUCCUGGAUCCCCGACCCCUAGACCUUGGCCUGGACCUCCAACCCCUAGACCUUGGCCUGGAUCCCCGACACCGAGACCUUGGCCUGGAUCCCCAACCCCUAGACCCUGGCCUGGACCCCCAACCCCUAGACCCUGGCCUGGACCCCUAGACCUUGGCCUGGAUCCCCGACACUGAGACCUUUGGCUGGAUCCCCAACCCAUAGACCCUGGCCUGGACCCCCAACCCCUAGACCUUGGCCUGGAUCCCCGACACCGAGACCUUGGCCUGGAUCCCCCAACCCCUAGACCUUGGCCUGGAUCCCCAACCCCUAGACCUUGGCCUGGACCCCCAACCCCUAGACCUUGGCCUGGAUCCCCAACCCCUAGACCUUGGCUAUGACUACUCAUGGCUUAACAUAGGCCACUCUAACCUCACUCCUCUGUCCUCAACUCUGAUAUGUAAUGUUAUCUCUGGACUUGCACAUUUACUGUAGUACUAGCUACAGGUUACAGCUAGAUCAACACAUUUAGCUGCUACAGGUUACAGCUAGAUCAACACAUUUAGCAGCUACAGGUUACAGCUAGAUCAACACAUUUAGCUGCUACAGGUUACAGCUAGAUCAACACAUUUAGCUGCUACAGGUUACAGCUAGAUCAACACAUUUAGCAGCUACAGGUUACAGCUAGAUCAACACAUUUAGCUGCUACAGGUUACAGCUAGAUCAACACAUUUAGCAGCUACAGGUUACAGCUAGAUCAACACAUUUAGCAGCUACAGGUUACAACUAGAUCAACACAUGUAGCAGCUACAGGUUACAACUAGAUCAACACAUUUAGCAGCUACAGGUUACAGCUAGAUCAACACAAUUAGCAGCUACAGGUUACAGCUAGAUCAACACAUUUAGCAGAUACAGGUUACAGCUGGAUCAACACAUUUAGCAGCUACAGGUUACAGCUGGAUCAACACAUAUAGCAGCUACAGGUUACAGCUAGAUCAACACAUUUAGCAGCUACAGGUUACAGCUGGAUCAACACAUUUAGCAGCUACAGGUUACAGCUAGAUCAGCACAUUUAGCAGCUACAGGUUACAGCUAGAUCAACACAUUUAGCAGCUACAGGUUACAGCUGGAUCAACACAUUUAGCAGCUACAGGUUACAACUAGAUCAACACAUUUAGCUGCUACAGGUUACAGCUAGCACUACUACUACCAACCUUGAGUUGUGGUUUGCUUUUGGACAAAAAAAAACACCACAAUCUGAAGUCUUGUUUUAAUUACAUUUCUCUGAUUAACUUUAGGCCAAUUUAACUGACUUUUAAAAACUAUUUUUUGAAACCUGUGUUCUAAAUAUGAAGUAAUGUCAUUACAUUUAGCUGAUCUUAGCCUAUUGUACAGCUCUGUUUUAAUGUGUUAUAACAUCACGUCAGUGUUAGUAUCCAUGUCAACAUCGGAACUUUCAACCUCCUGUCCAAUGAGAACUGUCGUGACAUGAUGAUUAUGGUUCAGAGUUCUUCAGUUUGUGUUGCAUUAUGGGAGGAAACAUGAGGUACAGGUGGAGAGGAUGGAAAACCUAUGGGCUCUCUUUUGGUACUUGUCUCUCAGUUGUAAAGUGUCAUUUAUUGAUUGAAUGUGUUGGAGACUGAAUUGUAUUGUCAUUGACUCACAUCAGCCGGGACCUGGUGUGGUUUUAUCAUUCAUGAGAAAAUGUUCUUCAAAACAGAGUCUGUUUUUGAAUUGUGUCCGUUUUAACACCACCUCAAAUGGUUGAUCAUACCGUGUCACAACAUUCACUGUUACAUUUUCUAUCCUUUGUUUUGUUUCUACCAAGCUUUGCUGUUUAGAAAUGUAUGGACGACUUGGUUGAUUACAUGGUUCAAUGUCUAUAAAGAAAGAUAUAAAUAAGGGCA